ACAUGUUUUUUUUUUUUUAACAGUCUACGGUAUAAAGAAAUAUAUAACUAAUCCAAGACAGUUCAUCUGUGUCGUUUACGGUGGGAGCAAAUGAAGCAUAGUGGGCAGAAAAAGCAAGGAAGUAGGCAAAGCCAAGCACGACCUAUAGGUAUGGGCGCUUGGCGCUGGCCAGACCGAAUGAGGAAGUGAGGCUGAGUGAGAAGGAGAUCACAGCUACCUAGGACUGUUGUUGGAGAGGACCUCUGGACAGGUUUCUGCAGCGUGUCAGGGUGGAGGUACCUGACUCAUGGAGAACUACUUCCAGGAAGAGGCCUUCAACCUGGAUAAAGUGUUGGAUGACUUUGAACAGAAGCAAGACGAUGAGACCGACAGUCCCAGUCUGUCUGAUAAGUGGAUUCAGAUCCCGGCCCCUCCUGCCUACCUACUAUCUCCGAACCGUGCCCUGGUUUUGACCCCUGACCUAUCGUCCAGCGACCCCCAGGGGCCCGACGCCAAACGCCACCCCACCGCCGAGCCCCCACCCUGGGGAGAAGAACUACCAGACUGCCGUGCAGACGUGCAGAGCCUUCCGCUCCCCCAGCCCAACAUCGGCAAGCUGGUUGGGGUUGAGGAGGGCUCGUCUAGCCCCCCUCCGUACCACCACCACCACCACUCCUCUAUCAGCCCCUCUAGUCUAGCCAGCCCUGCCCUCAACGGGCACAGUGAAGAUCCCUGCGAGGGGAAUCAGACAAGGGUGACCCCUGUGACCCUUUCAGACCACCACCAGCCCCCCACACCCUCAGACCCACGUACUGAUGCCCCUGUGGGGGAGAUGGGUGAUGGAAGCUCCAACGUUAGUCACACACCCUUGGGAAGGGUUGAGACGAUAAGCCAGAGGUUUAACUCCAAGCCAGAGACUGAGAGAGCUGGUGCUUGGUCACCUACUCAGGACAGUGGUGAGGAGGAGGCUGGAAUGGCUGGGGUACAGUCGCACGAGGAAGGAAUCCCUAAGGAGGAAAGUCAUGGGAAUACUGUUAAAAAUGGAUUGAUGAAGGAGGGACCGACAGAGCGGAAGGAGUGUAGGAAUUCCUCUCAGAAGCAGAAGAGGUUGAAAGGAGAAAUGGAGAAGGAGAGCAGGGGAGGUCAGGAUGGAGAGAUGGCUCUUACCAGCAGCCUGGCUACUGAAGAGGAGGAGGAGGACCGAGGGAGCAGAGAGGAGGAGGACCGAGGGAGCAGAGAGGAGGAGGAGGAGGAGGACCGAGGGAGCAGAGAGGAGGAGGACCGAGGGAGCAGAGAGGAGGAGGACCGAGGGAGCAGAGAGGAGGAGGACCGAGGGAGCAGAGAGGAGGAUGACCGAGGGAGCAGAGAGGAGGAUGACCGAGGGACCAGAGAGGAGGAGGACCGAGGGAGCAGAGAGGAGGAGGACCGAGGGAGCAGAGAGGAGGAGGACCGAGGGAGCAGAGAGGAGGAGGACCGAGGGACCAGAGAGGAGGAGGACCGAGGGAGCAGAGAGGAGGAGGACCGAGGGAGCAGAGAGGAGGAGGAGGAGGAGGACCGAGGGAGCAGAGAGGAGGACGACGAGUCUCUCCCCCCUCCUCCCUCCAAGGAGGACUCCGUAACAGAGGAGAAGGAGAUGGAGGAGAGCAACCUAGAGAACGGAGGAGGAGAUAGUAGUGUUCCCUCCAAACUGAACAACACUCGUCUGCAGCUGGUAAGUGUGCCGUUCGGCGGGGCGCGUCCCAAACAACCGGUUACUCUCAAACUCCAGAUCCCCUGGCCGCUAUCCGGACAGGUCCAGAACCAAUUAGCACCUACCGUUAACAACACCGCCGCCGCCUGCAAGAACAAGAACCUCGAGAACCUCGCCGGUGACGUAACCACGGAUACAGGAACCGUCGUUGCCGGGGGUGACCCCGGUGGUUGUGUCGAGGUUGUUAACGGGGCGUUGCUAAACGGCUCUCUGUUGUCAUCGUUGGGCCUGGUGCUGGAGUCAGAGAGCAGUCCGGACAAUGACCUCCAGGCAGGGUAUCACCACCAGGGGGCUCUGCCCAGGAAACAGCUCUCCUCCCUGGGGGAUGUGGCCCCCGUGUGGGUCCCUGACUCCAAGGCACCAGUCUGUAUGAAGUGUGAGGUCCGCUUUACUUUCACCAAGAGGAGGCAUCACUGCAGGGCCUGCGGAAAGGUGUUCUGUGCUGCCUGCUGUAACCUGAGGAGCAGACUGAUCUACAUGGACAGGAAGGAAGCUAGAGUCUGUAUCACCUGUCACUCUGCCCUACUGAGUGCUCAUUCGUGGGAGGGUAUGUGUGGUGUGUAUAACCAGAGUCCAAACCCCAACAACCCAGCACAGUACUGCAGUACCAUCCCACCUCUGCAGCAGAUCCAAACCUCAGGGGCGCUGGACUCCCUUCCUCCCACUGUCAUGGUCCCCGUGGGGGUCCUCAAAACACUCGGCUCAGAGGGGUCUACAGGUUUCCACCCGCGGGAGCGGAGGAGGGUGUGGUUUGCAGAUGGAAUCCUGCCCAAUGGGGAAGCAGCAGAAUCCCCCAAGCUCACUGCUACCAGCCCCGCCCCCUCGCAAUCAUUGGCUGUCUCACAGUGUUCCAACAAAUCCUCCGCUUCUGAUUUGCGAGAGGCGUCGUCCCCUGCCCCUGCGGCCACCGUGGGAAACCCUGUAGGCAGCUCCAUCAGUCUUAUUCCGGAGGACGGACUUCCUCCCAUCCUCAUCUCCACCGGAAAUAAAGGAGGUACGGGAGGACACAGCACAGCAUCACCACCCUCAGACUAUACGGUGGAGGAGCGUCCCUCUGAGACCGUUCUGAUGCAACAGCUGGAGGAGGGAGGUCCUGACCCGUUGGUGUUUGUGCUCAACGCUAACCUGCUGGCCAUGGUCAAACUGGUCAACUACGUAAACAGGAAGUGUUGGUAUGUGACCACUAAGGGGAUGCAUGCAGUGGGCCAGGCUGAGGUGGUGGUGCUGCUGCAGUGUCUACCUGAUGAGAAGAGCUUCCCCAAAGACCUCUUCAGCCACUUCGUAUACCUCUACCAGGAGGCCCUCACAGGUAAUGUCCUGACCCACCUGGGCCAUUCGUUCUUCACCCAGAGUUUCCUGGGCAGCAGGGAGCAUGGAGGUUUCCUCUACGUUACCCCGUCCUUCCAGUCCCUCCAGGACCUAAUGCUCCCCAACCCCCCCUACCUGUUUGGGGUGUUACUGCAGAAGUGGGAGACCCCCUGGGCCAAGGUGUUCCCCAUCAGACUCAUGCUGCGGCUGGGCGCCGAGUACAGAUUCUACCCUUGCCCUCUGUUCAGUGUGCGGUUCAGAAAACCCCUGUUUGGAGAGACGGGUCACACCAUCAUGACCCUGCUCGUGGACCUCCGUAACUACCAGUACACGCUGCCCAUGGUGAAGGGUCUGGUGGUGGACAUGGAGGUGAAGAAAACCUGCAUCAAGAUCCCCAGCAACCGAUACAACGAGCUGAUGAAGGCGAUGAACAAGUCCAAUGAACACGUCCUGGCCAUGGGGGCGUGUUUUAACGAGCAGGCCGACUCCCACCUGGUGUGUAUUCAGAACGACGACGGAAACUACCAGACGCAGGCCAUCAGUAUCCACCACCAACCACGCAAAGUGACUGGCGCCUGCUUCUUUGUGUUCAGUGGUUCGCUGAAGGCAGCCUCUGGAUACCUGGCCAAGACCAGCAUUGUGGAAGAUGGUGUGAUGGUGCAGAUCACAGCAGAGACCAUGGAUGUGCUACGGCAAGCCCUCAGGGACAUGAAGGACUUUAGUAUCACCUGUGGCCGGGCAGACCGGGAGGACAGCCAGGAACACGUUCACAUACAGUGGAUAGAUGACGAUCACAACUUUUACAAUAAGGGGGUAAUUAGUCCUGUUGAUGGGAAGUCUAUGGAGUUCAUCACCAGCGUGAAAAUCUUCCACGGUUCAGAGUUCAAGGCUAAUGGGAAGGUCAUCCGCUGGACAGAGGUGUUCUUCCUCCAGAGUGAUGACCAGGACCAGCCAAACGGUCUGAGUGAUCCUGCUGACCACAGUCGCCUGACGGAGAACGUGGCGAGGGCAUUCUGCGUGGCGCUCUGCCCACACCUCAAACUGCUGAAGGCGGAUGGAAUGGCUAAGCUGGGCCUACGGGUCACCCUCGAGUCUGACCAGGUGGGUUACCUAGCAGGUAGUAAUGGCCAGCCACUCCCCUCCCGUUACCUGAGUGACCUGGACAGUACUCUGAUCCCUGUCAUCCACAGAGGGGCGUGUCAACUCAGUGAGGGACCUGUCGUCAUGGAGCUGGUCUUCUACAUCCUGGAAAUCCUCUCCUAGGAGACGGAGGCACCGCUUACCAACACCCCAGACUCUGAUCUCCUAGUUCUCUCUCUCGUCCUCAUCCUCUUUUUUUAUCCUCCCAUCCUUCCAUCUCUUCCGAGAGAGGGUGAAGGCUGUGAGGGGCAGCUAGCUGAUGUUGCUAUCCCUUCACCAGACAGACGGCUAGCUGUGGGGGAAUGGUUACCAGCUAGCUAAUGUUGCUAUCCCUUCACCAGACAGACGGCUAGCUGUGGGGGAAUGGUUACCAGCUAGCUAAUGUUGCUAUCCCUUCACCAGACAGCUAGCUGUGGGGGAAUGGUUACCAGCUAGCUAAUGUUGCUAUCCCUUCACCAGCCAGCUAAUGUUGCUAUCCCUUCACCAGCCAGCUACUGUUGCUAUCCCUUCACCAGCCAGCUAAUGUUGCUAUCCCUUCACUAGACAGCUAGCUAAUGUUGCUAUCCCUUCACUAGACAGCUAGCUGUGGGGUUAUUACUCCCACCUACCAGCUAGCUAAUGUUGCUAUCCCUUCACUAGACAGCUAGCAGUGGGGGAUAGUUACCAGCUAGCUAAUGUUGCUAUCCCUUCACUAGACAGCUAGCUGUGGGGGAAUGGUUACCAGCUAGCUAAUGUUGCUAUCCCUUCACUAGACAGCUAGCUGUGGGGGAUAGUUACCAGCUAGCUAAUGUUGCUAUCCCUUCACUAGACAGCUAGCUGUGGGGGAAUGGUUACCAGCUAGCUAAUGUUGCUAUCCCUUCACUAGACAGCUAGCUGUGGGGGAAUGGUUACCAGUUAGCUAAUGUUGCUAUCCCUUCACAUGACAUACAGCUAGGGCUUCUCCAGUCCACAUAUGCAUCAUGUCCACCCUGAUCACAUGAAUCAGGAAAUCACAGGACUAUUCCAGUUCCACUGUGGUAGACCAGGCUGGGGGUUUGAGAAGUGGAAAAAUUAUUCCUUAGUUGUUACUUUUCUCGAAAUCUAAUGACACAACCUAGAUUGGAGCCAAUGUCUUAAUAAGUAGCUGUUAUUACUCCCACGUUUUACAUUUUCUUCAAAACACAACUUUAUAUUGAAGGAGUGCCUUUGCUUUGACGGUCUGCAACGACCGUUAAGAAAACAAUGUCGUGUUUCUACGUAUGAAUUUAGCUAGCCAAGUCGCCAUGACAACGCCUACAAGUGUAAUCGAGGAUUUCUAUUGGAGAAGCAGUUUCUGUCGCUCUUUCAUACGUAUUUGCUGUGGUAGCUAGAGGACAAAGCAGAAGCACUGCACUCUGGGAAACGUAGUCUCCGAAGGCCAUGUUGUAGCAUGGGCGCUUUGAGGACCCCCAGGUAAAGGUGUCCAAAGCUCUGCCUGAUGAGACUACACGUGUGUCUCUACCGACAGGGACUUCACACGGUCCGGUGGGCUGGGAAGAUUAAAAAUUCGGAGAUGAGUGGAUGGAGAGGGGGGGUAGAGCGAGAACGAGAGGAGAGAAUAGAGGGAGGAUUUUUUUUUCUUUCUGGUGAUUAAUUUGCAUCCUGGUGCUCAGUUCCUGCAGUCGCAACUCUUCACAGUGGAAGGAGGAAAGAGAGUAACAUACCUGUCGUUUUCAGUCUGGCUUUUAGCCAAUGAUUACCAAAUGUUUUAUUUCCUGACAUUGAUGGGACUACAGUAUUCGUUUUGCUUGUUAUUUUGUUUAGGCAGAGCUACAAUUGACUCAAUAGCUCAUCCAGACAUCCAACACCAAGAUUGUCUGUCUCACUAGAACUGCUAAGCAGUUGGACCACUUAGUCGAAGGCACAAUGUCUAAGAGAGGCGGUGUGGGUGUUUACUGAUUUUACUGUCAGACUUAAUAGGUCAACCAAGCUUUAUAUGGCCGAGCUUCUAGCCUUCUGAGAACCAUGUCAAGUGUCACCAUUCUGUACACUGAUUUAAAACAGGUUUCCAAUUCUUUACCUUGAACAUUCUAACAGGAAGUAUAACAAACAGUCUCUGGCCUCUCAUUGGUCACCCGAGGGGACUGGUUGGAGUCUUGGGAUGAGAAAUGCAUUGUGGUCUGAUCCUUUACCACUGACUUAACUCCAGCGUCAUCGUUCCACUGUUAACUAACACCAGCAUUAUCAUCCUUCUCUCUGUAAGCGAUGGAGAGGAUACUAGAGGAACUGAAGCAUCUUCAGUAAAUUGUUACCCGUGGUUGCUUCCCAAAUUGCACUAUAUUCCCUUUUAUAGUGCACUACAUUUGACCGGAGCCAUAUGGGACGUAACCUAUAGGUGAUCCUGUCCUCCUGACCUGUGAGCCAAAGCAACUAUUCAACACAUUGAUGCUGCACUCCUCCAUCCACAGACCCCAUAGCAUUUUUGUACGAUUGAAAAUAAACUGCCGCUCUGAUUUGAACGGGUCGUCAUUAUACAAAGAAUAUCAUUUUUUUGCAGAAACUAUUGUAAAAUGCAGAUGCAGUUUACAGGAGAAUAGGACAUUUUCAGGCUGAAUGGUUAAAACAGCAGAGACCUUGGUCAAAGACUGGGCCUACUUCUCAAGAGGUGUGCACUUGCACACGCCUUCUCAUGGACUCAACGAUGGUGAAACUUCUCUCCAGACUUUGCUUAUACCAAUCCAAUUGUUUUACAUCCAUUAUGUCGGAUGUGUAAGCGGCUCUGAGGGAGUUACGUCCGAAAUGGCACCCUAUUCCAUAUGGGUCUUGGUCAAAAGUAGUGCACUAUGAGAUAGGGUGCCGUUUGGAAUGUAGACUGACCUCUGCUGUGUGGGCAUGGACCUGAAUAGAAACCAGGGUCUAUCAGAAGAAUAUACUAGUGUUUCUGAUCUGACUGUAAUGUUUGCUAAAUUUGGCAGAAAGCCAUAAUCAAAAUAUAUUUCUAAUUUAUGGACUGCUAAAUCUAAAUAAGGAUACAGUAUAUUAUCAGGGGGUGGCAGGUAGAUUAGUGGUUAGAGCGUUGGGCCAGUAACCAAAAGGUUGCUAGAUCGAAUCCCCGAGCUGACAAGGGUAAAAAUCUGUCGUUCUGCCCCUGAACAACGCAGUUAAACCCACUGUUCCUAGGCCGUCAUUGUAAAUAAGAAUUUGUUCUUAUCUUACUUGCCUAAUUAAAUAAACAAACUUUGGCCGUUGUGGUUUUGCCAAGGGUUUUAUUGAUUAAACAAUAUGACUAAUGCGAUGAUACUCAACUGUAAACUCCCAGGACAGACAAUCACACAUGAAUAUCGGCAGAAGAACUAGUGCAUUAAGGUAUGUAGAGUCAUUUUAUUGUAAAGAACAUUGAGUUUCAGACAGUAUUAAGGGCCUACUUGUUACUCUGGUUGUGUUGUUACAAUGAAUGAAUGAAUGGAGGGCAUCAAACUGCUAUGGACAGAUGACAUCAGUGGUUAUUGAAAAGCAUCCCUCCUGGGUCCUGUUCAUUACACCCCAAACGGAAGAAAUCGCCAGAACCACCUGCCCAAUAAGGACAUUUGUUUUUGCUUUCCGUUGCAGAACGUUUUCCCACCAAUGAAUACAACCUUGUGUCUGCCUAUUCAUCGAGCGACCAUGCGGACUUGUCCAAUAUGACAGAACAUUUCAUUUUAGUCUGUUACGUGCCCUAAUGAACAGGACUCACAUUUCUGGAGAAGCUUUCAUGUCUACACGCACAUCACAGUGGCUUCCUAAAUCCUUACACUAGUGUGCAACUUCCAAGAUGAGACAUUUCAAAAGGUUGUUUUCCUGAGGCCAUUCAGAGCUUUGUGUACCUUUACUGGUAACAGGGUGGGACCUACCUGCAUUUGUCCAAUAGAAACUUGAUUGUGGCAAUGUUUUCCGUUGCAAAACGUUUUGCUACAGUGUGCACUAGUGAAUACACCCCAUUACAUUUCUUUGGCACUAGUACAGCUGUAGAAUUGUUUCUUGAUGGUAGCAUUUUGUUAUUCAAUUGAACAGACUCACCCAUACCAGAAGUCUAUUGCAUAAAGACAGAAACAAACCAACUACACUGCAUUGUGACAAUAUUCCACUGUCCUGUGGAUCAGUCAGGCCGGAACAAGAAAAUCCUGUUUAUUUUUGACAGGAUCAAAAAACAAAAUAUGUAUGAAAAGCCCCAAAAAUCUUUUUUCCUUUACUGAAUACGUCAAAAUGUCAAAAGCAGUCUAUCAAAACCUGUAAGAUGUAUAAUUAAAAAUGUACAGAAAAGUG